AGUAUCCUACUUUACAAUUAACGAUGUUCUCAAUAGUUAAAAACCUCUUCGGUCGUCCUACUGCGAGUAAAGUUGAGGAGGAGUCCUCUGAUGACGACUCGGCCGGUCUUGAGAAUCCCUCUAACCGCCAGGCCGUCACUGAGUGUGCCCUCGACUUGCUCAAGGGGGAUUUCUUCGUUUUAGAUGGUGGGGAGUGGACGAGUCUUGCCGAUGGGUUAUGCAGCGUAACCUUUGAUGAGGCCUUGAGGAAAAUGUAUGUCACGCAAGAGGAGGAAGGAGUGGAAGAAGUCUUCAAUGCACAGCAGAUGGUCAACGUACAGCGUUAUGACGAUCCCGACGACGGCUAUCCGUGCGUGCAGUGGAUAGUGGUCACCAAGAGCGACAACAUGAGCGAAUGGGGCCUCAAAUUCCGAAAUGAAGAAGCAGUGAACGAAUUCGUGAGGAAAGUAGAGAUGCUAGGCCAGGCUGAGUCGACGAUUGUGGUGCAAAUCGAUGGCUUGAGUAUGAUGGCUAGAGAGGGUCCGGGGGAAUGGUCGUCGCUUGGGCAUGACAACUCAGUGAUGGUGAUGGUCACUCAGAGGAAGGACUUUGAAGCUCAUCUAGUCAUAUUCGACCAGGCCGAUGAUAGCCUACUCUACAGCGGUGCCAUCACUGCUGGCCUUGGCUUCAAAUAUGAAUGGCCGAAAAUCAUGUUCUUGGGCUUCUCUCCACUAUCUUCCAAGACUCCAGUACUGGCAAUAGAGUGUCCGACUCAUGCGGCCUUCGCCUCCCUCUGUGGUGCUCUGGACAAGGUCCAGGCUGAACGCCGUUUGAAAAAGAAAAUCCCCGGCAAGGCCGAGAAAGCGGAGGAGUUCUAUGACGUUGAAAAUGGCAAUGAAUUAGCGGAGCGAAGCGAGGAGGUGGAGGCAUCCUCAUCUUCGUCCUCGGAUGCCUGGUCGAGUGAUGAUGAAUACGGCAGUUCGCCAGUGAAGACAUACCCUGGGAAGCAAGGUGCACGGACUGCAGGAGUGGAAAGCAACAAGUUGAUGGGCACGUCGAAGAGAGUAGGAGGAGAUAGGGCAUUCGUAUGGCGGACUAAGGUGAUGAACAGGAGGCAGGCAGCCAGACAUGAAGUCGGUGGAGGUGCGAACAUGAAUGUUCUGAGGAUGGAUGCUGACGGACUGGAGCAAGUUACACAAAUUAACAAUAUUUUACACAGGGGUGAAGGCGUUUGCCCGACGGCUUGCAUGAUGCACGAGGGAGACAACAAGAUGCUCCUCCUUGAUCAUUCUGAUCCGACUGAUGCUGAUAAGGUCCUUUGUAUGGACUUGAACGUGGGGAAAGUGGUGCAAGAAUGGAAUGCAGAUAGUAUGAGGGUCAACAACUUAGUGCCGACCUCGAAGACGGCCCAAAGUACCGGUGAGCAGUGCUUUAUGGCGAUGAAUGACAAGGCUGUGUCGUGA